AUGCCCGAUCUCAUGAGCCUCAGCGACGAGAUCAUUGACCGUAUCGGCUACUUGCUUCAUCAAGACAAUUUCAUCCCCUUUCCAAGUUUCAACCCAUCUUGGGCCAACUUUGCUCUCGAGAUCAACCCUACAGUGGCAUCAGAUUACCUCGCUUUCAGAAGUACAUGCAAGAGGAUCUUUCAUAUAUGUGGACUCAAGGGAUUACAUAUCAGGCUGGAUCGUUGGGGCAAGUUACUCAAAUGGUUGGUGUAUGCACCGGAUCAAGUGAAGAGGGGUGUUAGAAGGAUGUCAAUUGAUAUAACCCACAAGCGGGGACGGUCAAUUAUAUCAGCAUGGACAACCCUCAUUACUUUUCUUCAGACCUUCCCAUCACUCCAAGAAUUGAUUAUUAUCGAUACUCCCCUUUGUCGACAUCAUGAUAAUACCACCAGCAUUCGAGAUUUACAUCAUCUCACCCCCCUGUGUUUUCUUCAAUUGUCGUCGCUCUCCUUCGAGAUGGAGUGCCGCGAGUGUUCGAUCCACAUGCCGGAGUUGGUUCUAGAGUGCGCACCAUACGUGAGACAUCUCAAAACAAUCGAUUCGACUCAACUGUCAAUUGUACUAGAAGCUAUGGACGAUACUCAUCCGGAUGAUACACGACCUAGAUUCCUAUGCAUCAAGCUAUUCGAAGACACUUCAAAGCUUGAUAUGGUACUUCAGACCAUAGGUGGAUGUUAUCCUCAAGUUACCCAUUUGCAUCUGUCUAUGCACGAAGUGGCUAAACCACACGUCUUCACACCUUGCGCUUAUAUCAGUGAUUUGGGAAGUUUCUCGGAAGUGGAGGAAGUGAAGAUUGGACUAGUCACCAAAUCCGAAGUCGAACAGAUUCUCAUGGGUCAUCAGGUAGAGCCAGAUGAGAAGGCUUUGAUGAUGCUUAAUCGAAGUCUAUCUCGUAUGGUCAAAUUACGAGAUUUGGACUGUGGAAUGAUGUUCCUGGACCGUAAUGGGCACCGUCCGAUUGCGCGUCCUCUGGCACAUGAAACAAAAACGUCGUACAUGGAUAGGCAAGCCAAAUCUGAUGAAUACCGCCAACGUCAAAUCCACAAGAUGCAUGCGACAUCCGAUUUCUUCUUCCAUAAUGUCGGAUCGUUUUUGGAGGUGUUCAGCUUCUGGGUAUCGGAUAGGCGAGGCAGACCAAAUUGCUGGAAUAAUUGGCGAAGGGUCCGUACGACCCGCAGUCAUGACGAAGAUGUGGGCGAUUUCUACGAGAGCAAGUGGACGUCAAGUCAUAUCGGUGAAAUCGAUCUAGUAGAAAGUGAAGACGUCUCAAACGAUUCUGAGACUGACGCAUGA